CGAUCGGGGAGGGCGAUGACGUGGAGAGUAGUGAGAGAGGUCGAAGGCCAGGUGUCCGCUGCCGAGCCUCUGUUGCAAAAAAAACAGGGGACUCACGAAUAGAAUCGCUACUUGUGCUGUUUUCUACACGCCCCUUUCCUUUUUCCAAUGAGUGAGUGACCCAUGUCCUUUUCUGCAUCUCAGAUACUCCAAACGCCCACCCUUCAAGCCAAGCUUACAUAGCCUGAUUGAUUACGAAACGAAUUGAAACGAUGAGUGGGGCCGUUCUUGUUGCUGUUGCUGCUGCCAUCGGUAACUUACUGCAAGGAUGGGAUAAUGCGACUAUUGCAGGAUCUAUCUUGUAUAUAAAAAGGGAGUUUCUAUUAGAAAGUCAACCCACAGUUGAAGGUCUAAUUGUGGCCAUGUCACUUAUUGGUGCCACCGUGGUUACUACAUGCUCUGGAGCCCUUUCAGACUUGCUAGGCCGACGUCCUAUGUUGAUUAUUUCCUCUCUCCUUUAUUUUGUUAGUUCUCUUGUGAUGCUAUGGUCUCCAAAUGUUUAUAUCCUUCUCUUUGCAAGGCUUUUAGAUGGUUUGGGAAUUGGUCUGGCAGUUACCCUGGUACCUCUUUACAUAUCUGAGACAGCUCCUCCUGAGAUUAGGGGAUUACUCAAUACACUUCCACAGUUUACUGGUUCAGCGGGAAUGUUUUUAUCCUAUUGUAUGGUGUUUGGGAUGUCACUGACCAAGGCGCCAAGCUGGAGACUCAUGUUGGGUGUUCUUUCAAUCCCUUCUCUUGUUUACUUCGCACUCGCACUAUUCUUCUUGCCUGAGUCUCCGAGAUGGCUUGUUAGUAAAGGCCGAAUGCUUGAGGCCAAGAAGGUUUUGCAGCGCCUUCGUGGAAGGGAAGAUGUUUCCGGUGAAAUGGCUUUACUGGUUGAGGGGCUUGGAGUUGGAGGUGAUACAGCCAUAGAAGAGUAUAUAAUUACGCCAGUCGAUGAACUUGGUGAUGAAGAGGACCCAUACAGAGAAAAAGAUCAGAUUAAGUUGUAUGGACCGGAACAAGGUCAGUCCUGGGUUGCUAGACCUGCUGCACCUGGACAAAGUUCCAUCGGCCUUGUAUCUCGGAAGGGAAGCGUGGCAAAUCAAAGUGGUCUAGUGGACCCUCUAGUGACCCUCUUUGGUAGUGUUCAUGAGAAGCACACGGAAACAGGAAGCAUGCGAAGCACACUUUUUCCGCACUUUGGGAGUAUGUUUAGUGUUGGGGGAAAUCAACCUAGGAAUGAAGAUUGGGAUGAAGAAAGUUUUGCUAGAGAGGGUGAUGAUUAUGUCUCUGAUGCUGCUGUCGGUGAUUCUGAUGACAAUUUGCAGAGUCCAUUGAUCUCACGUCAAACAACGAGUCUGGAUAAGGACAUACCUCCAACUGCUCACAGCAACCUUUCAAGCACGAGGCAAGGUAGUCUUUUGCAUGGAAAUGCAGGAGAACCCACUGGUAGUACCAGGAUUGGUAGUGGUUGGCAGCUAGCAUGGAAAUGGACUGAAAGAGAAGACCCAAAUGGAAACAAGGAGGGUGGCUUCAAGAGAAUAUAUUUACACCAAGAAGGUGGUCCUGGAUUACGUGGUUCUGUGGUUUCUCUCCCUGGUGGUGAUUUACCGAAUGAUGGUGAGACUGUACAGGCUGCUGCUUUGGUGAGUCAGCCAGCCCUUUAUAACAAGGACGUUAUGCGUCAGCGACCAGUUGGACCAGCUAUGAUUCAUCCAUCUGAAACAACUGCAAAAGGGCCAAACUGGAGUGACCUUUCUGAACCUGGAGUGAAGCAUGCCUUGAUGGUGGGGGUGGGACUUCAAAUUCUUCAGCAGUUCUCUGGCAUAAAUGGGGUUCUCUACUAUACACCUCAAAUUCUUGAGCAGGCAGGAGUUGGUUAUCUUCUUUCAAACCUAGGCCUUGGUUCUACUUCUUCAUCCUUUCUUAUUAGUGCAGUGACAACCUUGCUGAUGCUUCCAUGUAUAGCCGUUGCCAUGAGGCUCAUGGAUAUAUCUGGCAGAAGGACUUUGCUGCUUAGUACAAUUCCCGUUCUAAUAGCAUCUCUUAUCAUACUAGUCCUGGGGAGUUUUGUGGAUUUGGGCACAACUGCAAAUGCAUCAAUCUCAACCAUUAGUGUUAUUGUAUAUUUCUGUUUCUUUGUCAUGGGAUUUGGGCCAAUUCCUAAUAUACUUUGUGCAGAGAUCUUCCCCACUCGAGUUCGUGGUCUCUGCAUUGCCAUUUGUGCUCUUACCUUUUGGAUCUGUGAUAUCAUUGUCACCUACACACUGCCAGUUAUGCUCAAUUCCGUAGGCCUCUCUGGUGUAUUUGGUAUUUAUGCUGUCGUGUGCUUCAUAGCAUGGGUGUUUGUCUUUUUGAAAGUUCCAGAAACCAAGGGCAUGCCACUGGAAGUCAUCAUUGAGUUCUUCUCUGUCGGAGCAAAACAAGUUGAGGAUGCCAAAGUACAACUGACCUAAGGAUAAAGAUAAAUUGAAAGUUUUGACGGUACCGCUAAUUAUUUUAAUCUACGGCUUUGUUUGAAAAUUUUCCCUGUUUAAAAGUUUUCUUUUUCUAUUAUUUUCUCUUUUCCGUGGGUUGAGAUUGAGAAACAAGAAACUCUGUUUCUGUAAAGAAAAGCGUUCGUUUUCUGGUUCAGUUAUGGAAGUUUAUACUUCAUAGUUGCCCUGCUA